AUGCAGCCAAUUAAGAUUCGUCAAAAGAUGGGGUUCCCCGCGACCGACUUUACCGAACCCGCGCCGGAGUUGACGUCCACGACCCCGAAACAAGAGGUUCCAAUGAAAACCACCUCAAUGGGCCGUCCCAUGCGGAAGUCGGCAAGCCAGUUCUCAGCACGGCGUCUUCUCAAGUCGAGAGCCAGCGAACUCGCCCACCUUGGCACCUCUGACUCCUCCACGGAUGAGGAUUGGAAUCCGAUGGGGCACGCUCAGGAGUCCUCUCCAUCGAGUUCGCCGUUGUCUGGUGGUCAUGUGGCUUCUUCUCAACGCUCGAGCCUGCCGAAAAAGUCCCAGGUAUUUAAAAGUCAAUUUCGUCCCUUUUUCCCCACCUUCGAUGGUUUGAUGUUAUCCAAGUUUUACUCGUCCCGAUAG